AUGGCCGACGUCGCCCCCACGGGCGACGCGGGCACCAACACCAUAGCUCCGCGCGGCGCCCCGCUCUCGCCCAGCCUCCAGGGCAAGAUCCAGCACGGCAACCAUAUGGCGACAGUCAAGUCUAUGGCUCUGUUGCACGAACUGCAAGACUACAUGGUCCAGGUCGAGAAGAGCGCGGCGGGCGCGCAGGAAGAGCUCGAGUACUUGAAGCGGGAGAAGCGGAAGCUCGAACGGGAGCUCAAGGCGAGUGAGGGAGGCAAAGUGCAGCGAACAGUCUUCAAGGACAUAGACUUCCAACUCUCGGAAGGAGCCGACCUUCCCCCGCGCGUCCGCGCGGCGCUCGAGGACAACCGCAUGCUCAAGGACCAGGUGCGCAAGCUGCGCGGGGAGGUCAAGGCGCAGGAGAAGCAGAUGGCGUCGCAGUCGGAGCAGAUCAACAAGCUCAAGCAGCAGCGCGACGAGGCUCGCAGGCUCAUGGAGCAGGCCGGCGUCAACAAGGACAAGGUUGCCGAGGAGCAGGACCUCGCAGCCAAGGUAGCGAACCUCGAGAGCGACAACAGGAACCUCCAGGCCAAGGUCAACGUCCUCGAGAAGGCGCGCGCGGUCGACCAGCGCGCGCAGCGGCAGGCGCUGCGCGCUGCGGAGGCGGCCAAGGCGGAGGAGGCCGCCGCGCGCGCCGAGGCGGAGGAGGCGCUGCAGGAGAAGGACAUGGAGGUGCGGCGGCUCACGCUGCUCGUGAAGGACCUCGAGCGGCAGCUGGCGCCCAUCCGCGCCAGGGAGCACGAGUGCCGGCGUCGGGAGCGCGAGGUCGCGCACCUGGAGGAGCUGCGGGAGGAGGUGACGGAGAAGCUGCGGUACAUGGACGAGCCGAGGGUGUACCUCAUGAUCUGCGCGGUCGAGGAGGAGGGCGCGUUGAAGGACCGCAGCUACAAGCUCGCGGACGAGAUGACUCAGGAGGAGGCGGCGACGAUCAUCCAGGCGCACUACCGCGGGCACUCGUCCCGGCAGCUGGCGGCGGCGUCGAAGCAGGACCUGGGGAUGGUCAUGGUGGAGGCCGAGCCGGAGCCGGAGCCCGUCGUGCACGAGACGGUGGCGCUCAAGGUGGGCGGGAAGAAGAAGGGGUCGCGAGACAAGUGA